AUGCCUAACAAUGAAGAAAAUCAAACUAAAAACACCCAGACUAAUGGGAACUCAACCGCAAUCAACAUCAAUCACCCAUACUACUUGCAUCCUUCAGAUUCACCUGGUUCGAAUAUCAUCAACAAUGUUUUUGAUGGAAGAGGAUUUCCAGGCUGGAGAAGGUCAGUGUUGAUAGCUUUCUCAGCCAAGAGGAAGCUUGGAUUCAUAAAGGGAGCAUGCAAAUCUCCAGAUCUGAAUGCUCCUGACAAAGGACCUAUGGGACAGUCUAUAACACAGAUUUGGAAAAGCAAAUGGAGCAAAAUUGUAUCAUCUUCAAAAGGAAUUGUCAGUGUUGGAAAGGAUAAAAUGAUUAAAUCUCUUGAAGAUAAAAAACUAAUGCAAUUUCUAAUGGGAUUGAAUGAGGUAUAUGCCCAGGAAAGGGGAAACAUCUUAAUGAUGAACCCUUUGCCAAGCAUUUAUCAAGCAUAUUCACUAUUGCUACAAGAUGAGGGUGAGAGAGAAAUAUUUGUCAAUAUGACAAAUCUUCAGUCUGACUUUGUAUCCUUCAUGACCAAAACACAAGGACCACAAGGAAGGAACAAUCAAAGGUUUGGAAAACAAUCAUUCAAAGGAUGGUAUCAACAACAAAGGUUUGGUAAUAGGAACCAAAGGAAUGGAAGGCAGAUUCAAAGGUUCAAACCUAGGAAGAACAAGUAUGAUCCAAAUGCAAUCUGCACUUACUGUGGGAAAACAAGCCAUCUGCAUGAUGACUGCUACAGACUCCAUGGUUUCCCUGAUGAUUUUGAGUUCACCAAGUCAAAGAACUACCAAGAACCAGUGAAGGCAAAUGGUGUGUCUAUAGAAGAAACUGAGGUACAGAAUAACUCAAUGGCAAAGACUAACAGAUGCAACCAUGGGUUCAAUCCAAUAGACAUGAACAGGUUCAAUCAAGGUCUGAGCAAUGAUCAAUAUGCAGACCUGGUUCAAAAGGUGAUGAAGGAGGUGAAGAUGGGACAAAGUGGACCUUUAAACUCUGGUUUCAAUGUAAAUACUAUUGCUGGUACAAUAAUGAAAUACUCAGGCAUGUGUUUUUCAGUUUUUAACUCUAGUACUUGGAUUAUAGAUUCAGGUGCCACUGAGCACAUGUGUUUUGAUUCUAAUUCUUUUCUCACACUUAAUCUACUCUCUGUUCCUUUAAACCUCACUUUGCCUAAUUCUUUUAGGAUUGUUGUGACUUAUACAUGGAGUGUCUCAAUCCUUCCUAAUCUUAUAUUGAAAAAUGUUCUUCAUGUUCCAGUUUUCAAAUACAAUCUAAUUUCUGUGCAUAGAUUGUCUAAUCAGCUUCAACUAAAUUUGUUAUUCACUCCAAGUGUCUGUGUAUUACAAGACCAUUUAGUGAAGAAUAUUCAAGUUUUUGGUGAAGCAAGAGAGGGAUUAUAUCUUUUGCAAUUAGUUUGUGCUAAGUCUAGUUCAAAUGAGAAUGUAGUUUCAAUUAAAAAAGGAAGUAUUUCCAUUCCUAUGUCUAGUAGUGUCAGUUUUCCAGUUUCUGCAAAUGUAGUUUCCAAUAUUGAUCUUUGGCAUGUAAGAUUAGGGCACUUGCCUUAUUCAGUAAUGAAAAAGUUCAAUUUCAUUCAGUUUCCCUCUGAUUUCAAUCAUAUUUGCGAUAUUUGUCCUAAAGCUAGACAAAUAAGAUAUUUCUUGACUAUAGCAGAUGACUACAGUAGAAGUACCUGGACUUUCCUUUUAAGUACUAAGAGUAAUGCCUUCCCAACUCUUAAAGAUUUUCUGGCAAUGAUUGAAACUCAAUUCAGCACUAAAGUGAAGUGCAUCAGAUUGCCUUCUAGGGUCCUCAAAGGGAAAACUCCCUAUGAAAUGCUGUUUGGUAAGACACCUAAUUAUCAUGUUUUAAGAGAUGUCCAAUUUCAUGAACAAUGUUUUCCUUUUGCUUCUAAAUCACCUUUACAGUCUAUUGAAAUUCCUGAUCAGUCAACUAUUCCUGUUUUUUCUGACCCUAUUCCUAGCACUUCUGACAUUCCUCCCAUCAUACCAACAUCACCAAACUCAACACAAAUUCCUAUCACCCAAACUACAGAUAAAGUGUCACCUGAACUAAGUCCCUCACCUAACCAUGAACCUGCACCUCAACCCUCACCACUUCCUCAACCUCCCUUACCUAUAAGACAAUCUGACAGAAUCAAACACACACCUGUAUAUCUAAAUGACUAUUUUUGUAACAACAUUUUCUUGACUGAUGUUACAAACUCCUGUUUUAUUCAUCCUAACAAACCAACUUCUUAUGCAUUUGCCUCCCUAUCAUUGGACAACCAACAUGUUUUUCAAUCUAUUUCAAACAUCCAUGAACCUGCCAGUUUUACCCAAGCUUUCAAUCGUCCUGGUUGGAGGAAAGCUAUGCAGGAAGCGUUGCAUGCUUUGGAUUUAAAUCACACUUGGGAUGUGGUGGCCUUGCCACCUGGAAAGAAACCUUUGCCUUGUAAAUGGGUUUAA